AUGGCAGCUCCUUCCUCAUCCUUGCGGCAUGACACAGCCGUCGCAUCCUCUUCCUCCCAGUUCAACGCUCCACCAGACGCCGCCGACAGCGCUCCCUCCGCCAGCAGAUCCAGCAGCCGCAACGCCUACCGCAGGAGCUCCGUCUACUCGGACCAGUCCUUCUAUUCGGCUCCCGACUACCGUCGACGCAAGCAGCCCCGCGUCGCCCUCCAUCCGCCCGAUGUGCCCGCCUCGUUCAGCUUCGUCUGCCUCGGCACUGGCGGUGGCCCUCUCGAAGGCGACUGCUCCUGCUACCUCUUGAAGCCCGCAGACGCACAGUGGCAAGACGGCUCCAUCGUCGUCGAGGGCGGCUCCUGGCUCGGCGCUCUCACAGACGUCCUCGAGCAGCACGGCCCCGACUCGGCCUUCCACGACUUUGACUUCCCCGCCACCACCCCCUCCGCCUUCCUCCGCGCAGGCCUCAUGGCCUCCUUCUCCACCGCCUUCUUGAUAUCCCACGCCCAUCUCGACCACAUCCUCGGCCUCGUCCUCGGCUCCGCCUCCUUACCGGGCAAGCGCGCCGUCUUCGGCCUCAAGCCCACGCUCGAAAACAUCCUCGACAUGUUCAACGGCAAAAUCUGGCCCAAGCUCGCCUCCUGGAACGAGGACGAGCCGCACACCAUGUACCACAUGCGCAGCCUCGACAAUCAGCGCCCCUUUGGCGUCAGCGACGCGCUCAGCGUGCUCCCCUUUGCCCUCUCCCACGGCCUCAACCCUUCCGAACCCCCAGCUCCGCCUACUCCCACCUAUGCUCCCACCCAGCUCAACCAAAACUACUUUAGCAAGCGCAUGUCGCUUCCCAUCAGCACACAGAUGGCGUCCUUCCAGCUCUCGCGCGGCGGCGGCGGCGGCGGCGGCGCAGACGAUCGCACGCGCACCCUCGAGAGCAUAACCCAGGGCGGCGAGUCCAAUCUCGCAGCGCUUCGCAGGCCCUCGUUCAACAGCAGCCCCUUCUUUGCUCCCAACUCGACUCAGCGCGACAGACUAUCCAACGGCUCGCUCAACCCGCUCGAUGCAUCACCAGGCAAGCACAACGAACCCGUCUCCCCAAGAGCAUCGCCUGCCGCCGCCUCUGCCGCCACAGCCGCGCCCUCUUCGUCGUCCAGCUCGGGUUCGCUCUCGUCGGUCGCCAUGCUGCCCUCCGUCAGCAGUGGUCCGGGCAUUCCAACCCGCUCCACCGCAUCGCCAUCCGAGGCGCAAGCGUUGGCACCGCAACAGUUUGGCGCCAAGCUGCCCGAACGCCCCGCCAAGGGCCGCCGGCCUCGCACCGCCCAAGGCUCCGAGAGACGCUCCUCGCCGCCCUCGGCAUGGCCACCCGCGGCGGCCUCGGCGAGCACAGGCGGUGCUGCGGCGCCGCCAACCACAAGGCAGCCGCCUCGACGCGUCUCGAUCGACCGCUCGCCGCCGCCGCUCGACUCGACGGCGUUCUUCAUCACGCACAAGGCGCACGACAAGGACGUGCUCUUCUUUGGCGAUGUGGAGCCCGACUGCGUGUCCAAGAGCCCGCGCAAUCGCCAGGUGUGGAGUCACGCGGCGGAGCGCUUUGCCGAGGGCAAGCUCAACGCGAUUUUCCUCGAGUGCAGCUUCCCACGCGGUCAUCCCACCGAGUUUCUGUACGGCCACUUGUCGGUGGAGCAUCUGUUUGACGAGCUGCGCGUGUUGGCGCAGAUGGUCAAGCGCUACCGUCAGAAGAUGCGACGUCCGUCCAACGCAAGUGGGCGCAGUACGGGCGCGCACAGUUCGGGUGGCGGUGGCGGUAGCGGGGGCGGUAGCACGGCUGGUGCAGCCAAGGCUCAUGGUGAAGGCAGGUAUACGCCGCACCUCGCGCCGUCUCCACUGGGUACUGCGGCCGUGUCGACGGACGAGGUUGGCGCGCGGGAAGCGGUGGGAGCUACAGGAUCGCACGUGUACGACGGCGAUGCGGAGCUGCGGGGGCAGCUGGACGGGUUGGGCGUGAUCGUGAUCCACGUCAAGCCGGCGCUCUUCCCGACGUUUGUGCACGACGAUGCACAGCCUGCAUCGCCCACCUCGGCUGUGUCCGGCAGCUCCUCGAUGGAGGCUGCGGCACAUGGCGACGACAGCGACGCAUCCGCACAGCCGCAGCUCGAUCCCCGAACCGCACCGCAAAAGAUCUUGGACGAGCUGCGGCACGAGGAACACCUGGCCCGGUUGGGUGUGCGCUUCGUCAUGGCUGAAAAGGGCAUGCGCAUCGAAUGUUAG